AUGGCUGGUGUUGCCCUGCUGUCCAACGAGUACCCGGAGCAAAUCCUGCCGGCGCUGCUGGCUCGAGGUGAAGCUGAACGGGGCGAGUGCCGGGAGCCUGAAUACGGCCGCCUUUCCCUGGGCACAGCAAACGCGAGGGAACACAGCACAGCGUUCUGCGUGUCUGAUGUGGGUGGUGGUCGCUGCACCCCCGAGCCCACUCCCUGCUUCGCCGCCCGCAGCGGCGCUCAGGAGUUACCCACCGCUUUCCGUGCGGCGCAGGCCGCGUCCUUCCUGAGCAGCGUGCGCUACUGGAUGGCCUUCAACGUGGAGCGCGCCUGCCAGUCCUACUUCGGGUGCGUGCAGUGCAUCAGCGGGCCCCUGGGCAUGUACCGCAACGCCCUCCUGCAGCACUUCCUCGAGGACUGGUACCACCAGACCUUCCUGGGCAGCAAGUGCAGCUUCGGGGACGACCGGCACCUGACGAACCGCGUUCUCAGCCUGGGCUACCAGACCAAGUACACGGCCCGCUCCAAGUGCCUGACGGAGACGCCCACCCGCUACCUGCGCUGGCUCAACCAGCAGACCCGCUGGAGCAAGUCCUACUUCCGCGAGUGGCUCUACAACGCCCUGUGGUUCCACAAGCACCACCUCUGGAUGACCUACGAGUCCGUGGUGACCGGCUUCUUCCCCUUCUUCCUCAUCGCCACUGUGAUCCAGCUCUUCUACCGCGGGCGCAUCUGGAACAUCCUCCUCUUCCUCCUGACGGUGCAGCUGGUGGGCAUCAUCAAGGCCACGUACGCCUGCUUCCUCCGGGGCAACGCCGAGAUGAUCUUCAUGUCCCUCUACGCCCUGCUCUACAUGUCCAGCCUGCUGCCCGCCAAGAUGUUCGCCAUUGCCACCAUCAACAAGUCGGGCUGGGGCACGUCGGGGCGCCGGACCAUCGUGGUCAACUUUGUGGGGCUGCUGCCGGUGUCGGUGUGGAUCGGCUGCGAGGACGGGUCGGUCAAGCUCUUCCGCGUGGUGCCCGAUGGAGUCCAGUUCGAGCGGAGCCUGGAGCGGCAGCAAGGCCGCAUCCUGUUCCUGUCCUGGCACCCGUCGGAGACGCACAUCGCUGCUGGCUCUCUCGAUCUCCUCCACGUCUUUGACGUCAGUUCGGAAGACAGCAUCGUUGUGGGCACUUCAGCAGGGGCCACGUACCAGUUUCAGCUGCUGCCCGUGAAGAUGGGCAGCCAGGACAAGCACUGGGUGCGGACAAAGCCCUUCCAGCAUCACACCCACGACGUGCGAGCUGUGGCGCACAGCCCGACGGCUCUCAUCUCUGGAGGCCUGGACGCCCAGCUGGUGAUCCGUCCGCUCAUGGAGAAGAUGCAGAAGAAAGGUUACGAGGCAGCGCUCCGGAAAUUCACCUUCCCCCACCGACGCCUCGUCUCCUGUGCCAGAAAAGCCCGGCUCCUUCUCUUCCAGUUCUCACAGCACCUGGAGCUCUGGAGACUUGGCUCCACCAAUGAAACCGGAAAGGACGGUGAGGUCCUUCCCGUGUGCCGCGUGCCUGAGCACCUUGUGCAGCUCAAGAGCAAGGGACCCGAGCACAUCUACUGCAGCUGCGUUUCCCCCUGCGGCAGCUGGAUCGCCUACUCCACAGCCUCCCGCUUCCACCUCUACCGAGUGCAAUAUGAGGGCGACAGCAUCAGCAUCAAGAAGGUCACCAACGUACCCAAGCUGCUGCUCCCGGCCUACCAGCUCCAGUGCUCUGCUGACUCCAGCAGUCUCUUUGUCGCCUCCGAUCGAGGCUCUGUCCACAUGCUCCAGCUCCUAGAACCAGGGGGCUGCAAACACUUGCACACGCUUCGACCGCCAUCAGGGACCCUGGAGGCUGUCUACCUGCUGGCGUCGAGUGCAGAUGGGAACUGGCUGGCUGCAGCCAGUGGGGACUGGGAAAUCCACAUCUACAACUUGAAACGUUUCAAGCAUCACUGCACGGUGCCCACGUACAGCUGUGCAGUGACUGCCCUCGCCAUCCACCCUGUGACCAACAACCUUGUUAUCGCCUACUCGGACCAGCAGCUGUUUGAGUUCGGCAUCCCCGAGAAGCAGUACACGGCCUGGAGCCGCACGGUGCAGAACUGCGGGCUGCACAAGGCCUGGCUGGAGAGGGACUCGCCCAUCACCCACAUCGCCUUCAACCCCAAGAAGCCCUCGCACAUCCUGCUCCACGACGUCUACAUGUUCUGCGUCCUCGACAAGUCCCUGCCCCUGCCUGACGACAGUGCCUCUCUGAUGAAUCAGAGCACCCUGAAGCAGCUCCCAGAGACAGCUAGGAAGAGACAACUCCACGCUUUCAAGAUCUGCAAGAAGUUCCAGCCCCUGCUCUUUGCGGAUCUGCUGGAUGAGAACUGCCUUGUGAUGGUGGAGCGGCCCCUCAUGGACAUCAAGACCCAGCUGCCACCACCCAUCCAACAGAAGAAAUUUGGCACCUAAGAGCAGAACAAGUUGCUCCAGCCACAAAAACUGUGACUCCCCUGGUCAUGCCUGUCCUGCUGUCUGGGUUGCUCAUUGGCAGCGACUGGUGACUGCGAGGGCUAGGCAUCGUCCCAGAUCUUCUACCUUCUCUGUGGCUGCUCUUCUGGGAAACGUCAGGCCCCGGCGCUGGUUUCUCUCUCCUGGUGCUGUCCCGGGCAGCUGCAAGAUGGGUUUCGUGACUGCUGGUGGCUCUGCGUGGGACAGAGGGGGCUCCCAUCCCCUCAAACAGCAGUCACGUUCACGUGUCCCGCCAGGCGGGAAGCCUAGUGAGCUGGGCUCCGGAUGGACAGAGGGGUGCCGAGUGCCUGCUCAGCAGGGCAGGGACGGGCAGUCCCCAUGUGCCCUGUCCUGACGCCUGUGCAGUGCGCUCCUGCUCUGCCUCGAGAGAGGGUCGGACGGGAGAGGCAGGGCCGAGCGGCUUGUUAGCGUUGUAGUCGUGCAUGGCCACAGCCGUUUUUGCAGUGCUGGUGGGCGCAGGCUGACGGUG